GACUUUAGUUAUUUAGAGCUGUCAAACUGAGAUGGAUGUUCGAAAGUCGUUCGCAUUUUUGAGUAGUUUAAACGUAGAUAAUUUCCGUUGUUUGUUGUCCAUGAAUCAAAAGUAUAAAAAGCUCAAACUUCUUGUUUGAUAUAGAGCAGAAAACCGUAUUAAUCGCGAAAGAUAAAAUAAUUAGGUAUAAGUAGAAAUUGACAGAGCGCGAGUGACCUCUAGCGGGUUUAGUAGCCGUUACGGUUAUUAGCACACACGUGCUUAAUUUUGAUUUUCUUAGAUUUUAAUAGUAGUAUUGCUAAAAUAUGGAGUCCUGGGACGAUGAGGAUUUUGUGCCCCCUGUUGUUGCUCCCACAGUGGUGGAUGUGAACAAAUGGGAAGGAGAGGACGAAGACGACGAAGUAAAGGACAACUGGGAAGAUGAAGACGAAGACAAUGAAAAAUCGGAAGAAACAAGAGCGGAAGAAGCAAAGAAGAAGAAGAAACCACUUGCUGAAAGAAUAGCAGAAAAAGAACGAAAAAAACGCGAAGAAAUGGAACGUCGUUUAAGGGAAAUGGAAGAAGAAGACGUAUCUCCAGAGGAAAAACUGAAAAGGCAGAAAGAGUCGGAUUUAAAAUUGGCUCUGGAAACAACUUUUGGCGGUAGUCCCGAGAAUGGUAUCGGUGGUUUAUUGCUGCCGAGUACCAAAGAAGAAUUUGAAGAUUUCACCGAAACGCUUUCUAAAAAAUUGCUGCCCCUCUCAAAGAGUAUAGAAUACCCUGCUUUUACUGAGGGACUGCUUAGGAAUUUAUGUGCCACUAUGACAUCUUUAGAUAUAAAAAAAAUUAAGACUACAUUAGAUAAUUUAUAUUUGGAAAAGCAAAAAAUGGAAAAGGGAGACAAGCCCAAAAAGAGUAAAGGAAAAGGAAAAGCUAGGCUUAAGCUUGAGGGUGAUAAUGAAAUAACUCAGGUUGCCAGCUAUGGAAACGACUAUGUCGACGAUUACGAUGAUUUCAUGUAGCGAACCAACUAAAAAAACUAGAUAGGUUUUUAAUUACAAUUUAUAUCCUAAUAAAUAUUGUUAAAUGCUGUAUAUUUUAAAAACGUACCAUAAGGUGGUAUAAUGUAUUUAAUAAAUACAUCUGCAAUAUUAUAUUGUUUGGCUUCUAUGUAUAAUGUUAUGUAUGUUAAUUUUUUCUACUCUGUUUUAUUUUUUUUCUUAUCUUUUACCUUAUAACUUGGUUGGGAUUACCUAUUUUUAUUUAAUAAGUAUUUAUUAAAAUUGUACAGCGGUUUUAGUGGUAAAUAUAUCACGGAUUUUUUUGUAUUAUCACUAUUGUUGUGUACUGUCCACCCUGUAUUUAAUUUGAAAUUUGAAAUUGAUUGUAUCAUAUUGUUAUAUUAUUAACACAAUUUAAUAUAUAUCAUUAA